GGGCCGCAGUUUGCAUUUAGGGAUAAAUUCGUUAUUUCAAGUAAAAUUUAUAAAAAGACUGAAAAUUGCUUAUUUCGAAAUUCUCCAAAUUCAUAUAUUAGAUUGAUAAAGGGCCCGUUGUAAUUAUACAACAGAUGCCAACCAAAAAUAUAAUUGGAUCGAUGACACCAGAUGCUAAUUAGUAUUCCAACCCGAAUCGAUAACCUUAAUGGAAUCGAUAUCACCAUACGAGCAUACGUAUAUAAGGUUGCAAUUGGAAUUUUUAAAGAAAGGUAUUGAAGAAGUCAUGUAUUGAGAGGUCUUGUAUUAGGAGUCGAAUCGUCUUGAUAAGUGUCGUCUCGUUUCUCGGUGUCGUCAUGUCUUAACAAUCUUCUGUAUUCUGUGUCUACAACAUUAAACUACAUCUACAACUUUCAACACUGUACUUCAUUGGCUAAAAUGGUGAUCCCGAACAAAGAAUAGCAAAUCUUCUGAUGUGGAGUCGAAAUCGCUAAAGAUGGUACAGCAAUAAAGGUAUCACCGCACGAGAGAACAAAGGUACGGAAUCGGAAAAGAAUCAGACGACGAAGGAUACGAAGACGAAGGAUAAAGACCAAGUCCACACAAUGAACUUUUGUUUAAAUUCAAAAAUACAAGGUGAAAAAUUGUAUCAGGCUAAAUUAAACUGAUGGUAUAAUACAACGAACGAUAACUUUUAAAAAAGUACGAAGGAAGCGCACGCUUGUAGAUAUUUUUAAAGAUCACAGCAAAAAAUGAUCGAGCAAGACAAUAGAAUGAAAAUAUUAUUCAACAAUUUGUUUUACUUUCUUAUAUAUACAUACGAUUUUUUCUUACUGGGACAUUUAUCAUACUACUUCUUUUCUCAAUGUAUAGUCCUUUCUUCAACUUCUUUGGCGAUAUUAAUUAGGAUCUCAAUUUCUAUGAAUUGCUUGGAAACAGAGUUUGAGUGUUUACUCAAAUUGCAACUAAUCUUAUGGUCAAUUGAUUAUGGAAGCAAGGUGAAUAUUCAAUUUCAAAAUUCUUGUGAUUUAUAAUAAUUGAAAAUUGACGGAUGUAAACGAUUUCGAUUAGAUAGAUUUCAUCAACACUGAACUAUUUUGAAAAAAGAUGAUUCAAACGAGUCACUCUUUUGAGCGUUUAUAACAUCGUCAUAAGAACGGUGCAUAAAUGAGCUAAUCAAUAUAUACGUUAAACACGAGUAUAUGACAAUUUUUUUUAACAAAAAAGCGCUAUUUUUUUCUUUUUUUUCAAAGCCCGAAGCUGGCAUUAUCAACAUAUCGCAGCAAGCGAACUUACAAAGCGCUAUUUAUUCAAACACAUGAGCUAUCAGUAAUUCAGUGUGACGAAGUAUAUUGAAUUGAAAGAUCAGUUUUAUCUGUCGAAAUCAAAUUUAAAAAACAAUAAAUCGCCUUUUCUUUUCUAAUCUACACUCUUACUGUCAUCCUACUUCCCUCUCAUUAUUAAAUCUUCUCGUCCCAUAUUUUUGAUUUUCAUUAUGUAUAUCUUUCAAUUGUGUUUUUUUGUCAUUUUCAAUGUUUUUUUUUUUUAAUUUACGUAUGUUAGGUGACAAAUAUGCCCAAAACCCCGAUUUCCAAUCUAAAGGGCGUAGAUAUAUUUAGGGAUAAAUUCGUUAUUUCAAGUAAAAUUUAUAAAAAGACUUAAAAUUGCUUAUUUCGAAAUUCUCCAAAUUCAUAUAUUAGAUCGAUAAAGGGCCCGUUGUAAUUAUACAACAGAUGCCAACCAAAAAUAUAAUUGGAUCGAUGACACCAGAUGCUAAUUAGUAUUCCAACCCGAAUCGAUAACCCUAAUGGAAUCGAUAUCACCAUACAAGCAUACGGAUAUAAGGUUUCAAUUGGAUUUUUAAAAGAAAGGUAUUGAAGAAGUCAUGUAUUGAGAGGUCUUGUAUUAGGAGUCGAAUCGUCUUGAUAAGUGUCGUCUCGUUUCUCGGUGUCGUCAUGUCUUAACAAUCUUCUGUAUUCUGUGUCUACAACAUUAAACUACAUCUACAACUUUCAACACUGUACUUCAUUGGCUAAAUGCACACCCCUGGACUAGAUGAACGUUUUGGUUUAAUUAUUAUUCUCAACAGUGAUAUCCUCUCGGCAAUUUGAAUAAACUCAAAAUCGAAAGUCAAAAAUUAUUUUUAACGAUGAUUACAGUUUUUUCCAUGACUUCCGGCAACCAAUGCCAGCUAAUGUUUCUAUUCUGCAAUAUAUCAUUGAUUGAUCUUGCCGACCACUUCCGGUCAAAACCGUUGAGGACAGUAUCGAUUUUACUGCUAAUAUUGGUUUGAAUGCAAGACGUGUAGCAGCAAAUUUCAUGGAAAUAUAGAUUGAAUAUUGAAAACUUAGAAAACUGAGCUACAGAUAUAAGAGAUUUUUUAUUAGCACAAAAAAGUAAGGCGAUUUCGUUGUAGACAGAUUGAAAAUGUAACAUCACGGUUAAUCAAUCAAUUAAACAACCAGAGAGCCAGAACAUCUAUUCGCAUCAAAAUUGCCAGACUUCUAGAUGUAGAUUCAGUUUUCGCGUGCAGACAGUUAUUGGUGCUUUGAACCUUUCAUGGUUGAAGUUGCUGCGUGGCUUUUUGUUUUCAAGAAAAAUUAACUGAAAUAUAUUGUAAUAUCGCGGACUUUCAGUAAACUUGUUAAACAUCACAUUGCAUGCAAAAACUACGUUUGUUUAUUUCUGCCGCAAGCUUUGAAUAAAUUUUCAUAUAUAUAUAUAUAUAAAAUAUUCAUUUAUCCAGAGUAUUCAGAUUUUGACAAAUACAACACAAUCGCGAAGAUAACAAUAAAAAAUAUGAAUUGUUUCAUAUUGAUGAUUUUGAUCAACUUGGUCAGUUGUCAGCAUAAAGAAUCGAUCCAAAUUCCAAACGAUGGUAACAAAUGUAACGUAGUUAACGUUCAUUUUGGAGAAAGUCAGUCGUCUUCUAACGAAGGUACGCGUAUUGCGGGUCCCCCGGGUAAGCGAGGACCAGCUGGAGAAACAGGACCGAUGGGACCCCGGGGACCGAAGGGAAAUCCAGGAAAAGAAGGAAAGCCAGCUGACAGUGCUAAAGCAGAAACCGACAUCUUGAAUAUACUAAUGUCAAAAAGUUGUCAAGAACUGGAGCAAGUUCAUGGUAUUAAAAAAAGCGGGCACUACAUUAUGAGAAGUAUGCUAUCUGCGUCACCUAUUUACCAAUAUUGUGAUUUUAAAGUCCAUGAAGGGGUCUCUAGUUGCGACGAACUUAGACAAAAUCAAAAAUUAAUCAAUGGCGGAUCUUACAAGUUCAAGACUUCAACCGCUUCAUCUGUCCAAUUCAAUACUUGUAAAUGGGACCUAUUUACAUGCCAUGAUCUCAAAGAGUUUAAAGAAGAUUAUCAAUCGGGAUUUUAUCGUCUGGGAAUGGAUGGUGACCAGUACGACGUGUAUUGCAACUUUGCCUCAGACCAAGUUGUUACAGAAGUAUGGCAUGAUUCUAUGCAAGAACUUAAAGCAGAAUCAAAUUGUGAUACACGAGGUUGCUACAGAUUUGUUCCCAAAUAUGGAAUAAAUCAACGCCAUAUUCUUAAAAUUAUCGAUAGUUCAUCGGAGUGUAAACAGUUUAUCAAGAUGAAAUGUCAGGGGUCAGUUUUAUUUCACAACGGUGAUCCAUAUGCGUGGUGGAUUUCUCGAACCGGAGAGAAAAUGCUUUACUGGGGAGGAGCCACAUCGAAAAGAAAACAUUAUUGUGCUUGUGGAGAAACAGGAACCUGUGUAAAGUCUUCACAUCGAUGUAACUGCGACAAUAACUCCGAAAAUCUUGUCACUCAAGAUGAAGGUUACAUCACUGACAAAUCCAAACUACCGGUACAGGAGAUAAAAUUGGGAGACAUAGGCGGGGCUAAUGAAAAGGCGUGGCAUCGUCUCGGUAAACUGGAAUGUAUUGGAAAAUGUGAGAUAUCUUAAUUUGUGAUCACCAAGGCCGGAACACAACUGAAAGUGCAUCGUUUGCUUAUGUGUUUAUACUCUAACAAGAGCUCAGAUCAAAAAGUUAAAACAAAGAUAAUGCAUAAAUUUCGUCAGAAUUUGCUUUAGUUAAAGAUGUAAUAGAAUUUGAUCAAAAUAAAAA